ACGGGGUCACGGGGCUCUUAUCCAAGCAUUCGAUGCUCUCAAGGGGAAGAGAGAGCAGCAUUGGCAUCUCGCAGCAGGACUUGCUGCUGCUCCUGCUGCUGCUGUGCUCGUCGUGUUGCCUCUCCGCCUCGUCGCAAUUUGGCUUCCAGCAAUGGCGACCAUGGCUUCUCUCGUCAAGCCCUUGCCUGGCUUAGCUGUGGCACCGUCCCCACCCACUUCCCGCGCCUCCCUUAGUGGGAAACCUUCUCUGUCAUUGCGCGUGCCGGGUGGGAGGGUCUCCACCCAGGCCGUGAGGUUUGUGGUGAAAGCUUCGAAGACCGAGGACUUUGGAAGUGCCGCUGACGCCGCGGGCAACAGCGUUGUUCAAGAAGUCGCGGCUCUACCUGAGGAGGCCGAGACGGAGGGAAUUAGCAGCACCGUGAGUAGUAGUAGUAGUAGUACCCCCGCGAGUAGGAAACCUUCUCCUUUGCAGAAGGGUGGAACUCUCGACGGCAAGGAGGCGGCUGGUAAAGCCCCCGCGGCUGCGACCCUUGGGAAGGCGUCGCCCUUGGCGACCUCUUCCGGGAAGUUUGAUGAUCCCCGGUGGAAGAACGGUACUUGGGACAUUUCCAUGUUCGCCAGUGCAGAUGGCAAGACCGACUGGGACGCUGUUAUUGACGCCGAGGUGGUCCGAAGGAAGUUGCUGGAAGCGAACCCCGAGUCAUCACGCAACGACGACGAGGUCGUGUUCGAUACAUCGAUUGUGCCAUGGUGGGCGUGGGUGAAGCGAUUCCACCUUCCAGAGGCGGAGCUUUUGAACGGUCGGGCGGCCAUGAUCGGGUACGCGGCCGGCUGGCUGGUGGACGCCGCAACGGGAGUGGGCUUGGUAGAUCAGCAGAACAGCUUCUUUGGCAAGCUGCUGCUCUUCAUCUCUGUGGUGGGAGUGUUGGCCAUCAGGAAGAACAACGACGUCGCCACUAUCCGGAACCUGGUGAAGGAAUCCACAUACUACGACAAGCAAUGGCAGGCGACUUGGAAGAACGCCGACGAUGCCGACAAGCCCAACAGCCUCUAAUUUCUUAGCACAAGUGUUCCAUACGUUUAGCAUGUUUGUAUCAUCUCAUUCCGUCAUUAAUCUAAACAAUCUCGAACAGGUCAGAUAACGACAAUAAGAGUUUGGGUUUGUUGUCUUUCAAUUUC